UUUAUAUUUUAUGUUUUAGUACUCAUUAAAAUUUACAUAAUAUUACUUGCAAAUUGAGAAAAAAAAAUAUUGUACUCAAAUAUAAGAAACAUGAGAAACGUUGAAAUAAAAGCGCGAGUAGACGACGUAAAAAGAAUUUGUGAGCUUGCUGAAGAAUUAAGCGGUGGAACAUUUAAGUUAAUAAAGCAAGAUGAUACUUUUUAUAAUGUGCCUAACGGUCGUCUAAAGUUAAGAAUAUAUGAAGACUCAUCUGCUACUUUGGUACGCUAUGCGAGAAAUGAUGAGUGUGGGCCUAAAAUCUGCGAUUAUGAUUUGUUAGAAUUCUCUUCAAACGAAAAAGAAAAAUCUAUGAAGUUAGAUAAAAUGUUAAAACAAUGCUUGGGGGUGCGUGGACGUGUUGUUAAAGAACGCAAACUAUAUAUGGUUGGCCAGACUCGAAUUCAUAUAGACACAGUUAAAGGUCUUGGAGACUUUAUGGAACUUGAAGUGGUUCUAAGACCAGAACAGACAAUGGAAGAAGGCCAGAAAAUUGCAGAAGAUUUGAAAACUAAACUUGAAGUUAAAGAUGAGAACCUUAUUGAAUGUGCUUAUAUGGAUUUGCUUGAAAAGAAGAGUCAUGAAACUUAGUUAUUUUAUUUAAAAAAAUUAUGUAUAAAGCUAUGCAAUGCAUAAAUUGCUGUGAAACAUGAAUGUGCUGUGAUGCCAAGCAUUUAUUAUUUUAAGUUGAUUAAAUUCUUGUUUAAAGUA